AAUCAGACAAGAGCAGCUAACCACACUGAAGACCCUCACAUUCAGCAGUCACUGAGAUGGAGAGACUAACAGUCGUCAUACUUCUGUGUGUUUUGUUGUGUGAAGAGCAGAAAGUGUUUGGGACAGAAGUGAACAUGAGAGUUAAACCAGGAGAAAGCGUCACUCUCUACUGUGACUGUGCUCUACCGUUUGGGUCUCACAAUGUCUGGAUGAGAAACUGCUCGCAUGAGAAUCAGCCGUCUCUGUUGAUUGAUCCCCCAAAACUCUUCCUAGAGACGUUUCCACGGUUCAGUUUCCUGCUCAACAGCUCCAGUAACUCCUAUGAUCUGCAUAUAGAGAAUGUCAGUGUCUCUGAUGAGGGUCUUUACUGUGCGGAAAGGAAAAAGACAUUUAUAGAUGUAGACGGCGUCAACGCAAAAUAUGUGUAUGAAUAUGGGAACAAAACAACUCAACUAGCUGUCCUGGCAGAUUCUGCACAUGAGUCCACCAUCGCCUCCACUUCUCCUCCAGUGUCAGAGUGUGUUGUCUGCUGGACGCUGCUGUUGAGUGUGUGUCCGGUGUGUGUUCUCCUCUCCUCACUGCUGUCCUCCAUCUGUGUUUACUGCUUCUGUCGUCCUCAAACUACAGGUUCUGACAUGAGUGCUGAGAUACUUAAAGCAAAUGUUUUGAUGGCAGAUUGUGUGGAGAAACAUCAGUGUGAGGCGAGUAAGACUGGAAAGAUCUGCGUCCACACUGAAGUCUCUUAUAGACGACUGACAUCUAAACAUCCCUACACCAACAUCUGACACAUGAACUGCUCUUAGUCUACUUUCUGUCUUAUUUCUGAUAGAGUUUGAUCAUUAGACAUGUUUUUACAGUAUUACCUAUUACAA